AGUCGCGCAGCCCAAUGAGCACUCAACGCGCAUCCGAGAAUAGUAGAGCAUCGAGAGGAAAUCAAUUGCACACUCGCACCGGAAGCCACGUUUUUACGCUGUUUUCACCCCUCCCAUUUCGGUUUCGAUUCGGUUCGGUUCGAAUUUUGUUUUGUUCAUGUCCCGCCACAGUUUCGGUGGGCUCCUUUAGCGCAUUUCUGGCUGCCAUAUGGAGCCGGUGUCGGCCAAUGUCAACCGCAGCAGCAGCAGCAACAGCAACAGCAGCAGUAAAAACAGGAGCCGCAUCACGCACGUGUCGAUGACCAAAAGUUUUGCGCCAAAACUGAGGCUGAAGUGCCAUCGACGCUGAUGUCGCAGUCACAGCCAGCGUCGCUGCCGUUGUGAACCGUGCGUGGAGCUACCAAGUCAAAGCCAGCGGCCGACAGCUUUCCAUCAACAUAAUCGGAGAUUACUAACCGUGAGCCGUGAAACACCACAGGCACAAAGCCAUAAAUCAAUAGGGCUCGUACGGUCCCGUCCCGUCGGUGUAUCAGCCCCCAGCAGAUAAGGAGCUGGAAGCGACGCCAGAGCCGGGCAGUAUUUGGCAGUGUCGCCGCCGACCGAUAUGUUGGCCACGCCGAGCGGCGGCGCAGCGCCCGCUAAUGUUCUCGCAACCGCUCCAGCCCCCGGUCCCGUAUCCGUAUCCGCCGUAUCGGUGCCCCCAGCAGUCGCCGCAUCCCUGGCCAGUCCGGAGAAGCCCCUGAACAAUGGCUACCUGCAGGCGAAUGCUAUGGACGAGCUAAAUGCCACCGUGGUGUCGCCUCUGCUCGGCCAGCAGCAGCAGCAGCAGCAGGCUCAGUUGCAGCCACAGUUACAACAUCAGCAGCAACAGCAGAACAAGCUGCCAACGGUAGUUUUCCUCAGUCCGGAUGGAAGCGGUGGCGUGGGCAUUGGCAGCGCCCUGCAACGGAAUCCCAUCUCAGGUGCAAGCAUACCCCCGGCCACCGCCUGGAGCCGCACCAGCGACUGGCUGCUGAAGGAAUCACAGCAGCGACGCCGCCUCCUGAUCCUGGCCAUCGCCUUCACCGUUUUGGGAGCUGCCAUCGGUGCGCUGGCUAUCUACUUUGCCAGCGUCCAUCAGCGCUGCCAGCUGUAUCCCCGCUCCGUGGACGCCGCCGAGUCUGCAGCAGGCAAUGCCAGAUGGGGCCUGGGCAAGGCCCACGAGGAGCAGGACAACAUUUGCAUGACUCAGGAAUGCGUGCGAACAGCGGCUUCCCUGCUCUCGGCCAUGGACAUGACGGCCGAUCCCUGCGAGGACUUUUUCCAGUAUGCAUGCGGCACCUGGAACAAGGUACAUCCCAUACCCGAAGAUCGUAGCUCCAUCAGCACAUUUGAGGUACUCUCCGACCAGCAGCAGGUGAUCCUGCGGGGUGUGCUCGAGGAGCCAAUCGACGAGCGCGAUAACCAGGCCACCAUCAAGGCCAAGACCUUCUUUAAGAGCUGCAUGGACAUUCCUCAGAUAAGAAAGAUCGGCUCGGGGCGGCUCAAGCAGGUGCUGAAGGCUCUCGGCGGAUGGCCGGUGAUCGAGCGUAAUUGGCAGCCACCGGCCGAUCUUUCGGUGGAGAAACUGAUGGGCCAUCUGCGGCUGAACUACAGCGAACCGGUGCUGAUUGAGCUGUAUGUGGGGGCGGAUGACAAGAACAGUUCGGUGAACAUUCUGCAGAUGGAUCAGCUGCAGUAUGCUCUGCCCUCGCGGGACUACUACCUGAAGGAGAGCAGCGCCAAUGACCGGAAGGCCUAUCAUCGCUACAUGACGCAGGUGUCGGUGCUGCUGGGUGCCAAUCCGGCCACAGCCGCUGCCGAACUGGAACAGGUGGUGCUGUUCGAGACGCAGCUGGUGAAUGUCUCGCUGGCCGAGGCGGAUCGGCAUGACACGAGCGCCGUAUACCGGAAGAUGACGCUGCCGGAGCUGCAGCAACUGGUGCCGGAGGUCAAGUGGGAGGAGUACCUCCAGACGGCCCUGGGGCCGGGCAUUCCCCUGCAGGCGGACGAGCCGCUGGUCACCUACGGCCUGCGCUAUCUCACCGAUAUGGGCAAGAUAUUGCGGCGCACCGACCGCCGCGUUGUCCACAACUAUAUGCUGUGGCGCCUGGUCAUGUCGCUGAUGACCCACAUGAUCGACGAGUAUCAGCGGGAGCGGGUGGAGUUCCGCAAGAUCCUCAUGGGCAUUCAGUCGGAGCGGACGCGCUGGUCUCAAUGCGUCGAGUGGACCAACAAGAAGCUUGGCGUGGCCGUCGGUGCCCUCUUCAUACGCGACAACUUUAACCAGGAGAGCAAGGAGGUGGCCCUCGAGAUGAUACACACCAUCCGGGUGGCAUUCAACGAGCUGCUGGCCGAGAACGACUGGAUGGACGACGAGACGCGUGCGGUGGCCAAGGAGAAGGCUGACUCUAUGAACGAGAGGAUUGGCUAUCCCGAGGUCCUCACCAAUGCCACCGAACUGGAGCAGGAGUAUGUGAAUCUGACUGUUGUGCCGGACAAUUUCAUUGACAACGUGCUGAGCAUCUUGCAGUGGGAGUCGGAGAAGGUGCUGCAUCUGCUGCGCCAACCGGUGGACAAAGAGAAGUGGACCACAGAGCCGGCGGUAGUGAAUGCUUUCUACAAUCCCAACAAGAACGAUAUAGUAUUUCCGGCGGGCAUUCUGCAGCCUUUGUUCUACAGUCAGCACUUCCCCAAGUCGCUCAACUAUGGUGGCAUUGGCGUGGUGAUUGGGCACGAGAUCACCCACGGAUUCGAUGACAAGGGGCGGCAGUUCGACAAGGAGGGCAACAUGAUGCAGUGGUGGAACAAUGCCACCAUCGAGGCAUUCCGCGAGCGCACCCAGUGCGUCAUCGAUCAAUAUUCGCGCUACAAGAUCAACGAGGUGGACAUGUUCAUGGACGGUCGGAUGACGCAGGGCGAGAACAUUGCCGACAACGGCGGCCUCAAGCAGGCCUUCAGGGCCUACAAGAAAUGGGAGAAGCUGCAUGGUCGCGAGCUGCAGCUGCCCGGCCUCAAUAUGACCCACGAUCAGCUUUUCUUUCUCAACUAUGCCCAGAUAUGGUGCGGCUCGAUGCGGCCGGAGGAUGCACUGACCAAGAUCCGCUCCUCCGUCCAUUCGCCGGGCUUUGUUCGUGUCCUGGGGCCGCUCUCGAAUUCGCGCGACUUUGCACACGCCUACAGCUGCCCCUUGGGUUGCAACAUGAAUCCCGAGGAGAAGUGCAGCGUCUGGUAGAUACACACACACAGAAGGGAACGUUGAUGUUUUUUUUUUAUAUAUUUAUAUCUCAUACUAAAUAUAGUACGAGUAGAUACCAUAUACAAUUAAUACAGUACGCUAGACGACGGAACACCACGGAGGAUGGACCACAUCUGAUUCGUAUCUCUAUUGUGUUUUUAUUUAUAUAUAUUUUUUUUUAUCUCGAUCUGUGCUCUUUUUGCUGUAUUUUUUGUUGUUGUUGUUAUAGCAGUUAUUAUGUAAUGUAAUGUAAUGUAAUGCGUAGUAACGAUGAUCCAUGUAUACCCUGCACAUACAUAUGUAUAUGCACAGAGCCCACAAGCCGCACUUCCCACA